ACCGUUCCGUUCUCCGUUUGCGUUUCUAGAUGGCUGAAGUGUGUUUAUAAGCCAUUAGAAGUGUUGCUUUUGCAGAGUGAAACUGCAGCGCGUGCGGCCGCGCGGUGGGGGAUGGGCGCCCUGGUUCCUCGCGCCGCGCACGCGAGAUGGCCGUUGACAACAACUACGUUAGCUUUUAUUCAACCGACUAGUUAGCAGCGUUGCUAUGGAAGCUGCCACGUGUUGGAACUAGAAUCGCUCAUUUUUUGCAUUUGUUUGGGGAGUCUGUUGUUUCCGGUGACGUUUAUCCACGAUGCGCAUUAGCCGUAAGCUAAUAAUCGAAUGACAAGCAAUGGCGCUUCCGGCGGGGUCUUAGCGUGACAGUUGUUACGAUCAGAUUAAAACAUAUUAGUAUUCAGUUUUUUUAAUUAUGCAUUUUAAUUAUUUUUUAUUAACGAAAUGUAUUAUUGUGUUUUAUUAGGUAACUUAGCAUAAUGACCUGUUAUAACUCUACCCUUUAAUUGUACGAGUGUCUUUAACUGAAGACUUGAAUAGAGAAAAUAUAGUCGACCUGUUGACGGGCGUUUGUCUCAUAGUUUAACAAUGAUGAUGUAUAUUAUUAUAACUGCUGCAUAAUUAGGAUUUUGCUCUGUGAUGUAUAAUAUUGCGUUGUUUAUUUUUGCUAUUUGAUACAAAUGCAUACAAUUAGAUUAAAAUAAGUUAAAUAAUAAGUUUAUUAGUUGAGUACUAAUAAUGAGUAGAAAAGCAAUGUAAUAAUGUCUAAUAGAAGCUAAACAUUUUCCUAAAUAAUAUUAAUUGUUCAUAGUGUUCAUUAACUGUAUAGAUGCCUUUAACAUUUCAGCGUGGGGGUCCCUCACAUGAGGAUGAUCAUAUUUUGGGGUCCGCGGUGGCAUCUAAAAGAGUGAAAACCCCUGCACUAAAUGAUGGAGAAUCACAUGAUAACAGACGUUCAAGUUGUUCCGAACACACGGCUCCAAAUAUCAAAGGCUGAUUUGACUUUGCGCCCAUGGAUAGCAAGAGUAUGAGCAUCUAAUCCACACUUGGUAUCAUGGCUCCACUCUCGCCUUGACCUCUUGGUUCACCCAGGAUCCAAAAUGAGCAUAAGCAGUGAUGAGGUCAAUUUCCUGGUCUACAGAUACCUGCAGGAGUCAGGCUUCUCCCACUCGGCGUUCACCUUUGGCAUAGAGAGCCACAUCAGCCAGUCCAACAUCAACGGAGCUCUGGUGCCCCCUGCUGCUCUCAUCUCCAUCAUCCAGAAAGGCCUGCAGUAUGUGGAGGCUGAAGUCAGCAUCAAUGAGGACGGUACUCUGUUUGAUGGACGACCGAUCGAGUCGCUGUCGUUGAUUGAUGCAGUGAUGCCAGAUGUGGUGCAAACGAGGCAGCAGGUGUAUAAGGAUAAGCUGGCUCAGCAGCAAGCUGCCGCCGCCUCCAGCACCACAGCGACCGCCGCUGCCAAGAACGGAGAGAACACGGCUAAUGGAGAGGAGAACGGAUCUCACACGCUGUCUAACCACCACUCAGACAUGAUGGAAGUGGACAGGGCAGUGGAGAUCCCAGCCAAUAAAGCCAUGGUGCUGCGGGGCCACGAGUCUGAAGUCUUCAUCUGUGCUUGGAACCCUGUCAGUGAUCUGCUGGCGUCUGGUUCUGGAGACUCAACCGCACGGAUAUGGAACCUGAGUGAGAGCAGUGCAGGAGGAUCCACUCAGCUGGUGCUGCGGCACUGCAUUCGGGAGGGGGGGCAGGAUGUACCCAGUAACAAAGACGUCACCUCACUGGACUGGAAUAGUGAAGGUACACUUCUCGCCACAGGAUCCUAUGAUGGCUAUGCCAGGAUAUGGACUAAAGAUGGUAAUCUUGCCAGUACACUGGGGCAGCACAAAGGUCCCAUAUUUGCUUUAAAGUGGAACAAAAAAGGAAAUUUUAUCCUCAGCGCUGGUGUUGAUAAGACCACCAUUAUUUGGGACGCACACACGGGAGAGGCCAAACAGCAGUUCCCAUUCCAUUCAGCUCCAGCUCUGGACGUGGACUGGCAGAGCAACAACACGUUUGCCUCCUGCAGCACGGACAUGUGCAUUCACGUGUGUAAACUGGGCCAGGACAGACCAGUCAAAACAUUCCAGGGCCACACAAAUGAAGUCAAUGCAAUCAAAUGGGAUCCAACAGGAAAUCUCUUGGCCUCCUGCUCUGAUGACAUGACCCUAAAGCUUUGGAGCAUGAAACAGGACACUUGUGUUCAUGACCUGCAAGCCCACAGUAAGGAGAUCUACACCAUCAAAUGGAGCCCAACUGGCCCUGGAACCAACAACCCCAAUGCCAACCUCAUGCUGGCCAGUGCGUCGUUCGAUUCAACGGUGCGUCUGUGGGACGCAGAGCGUGGCGCCUGCAUCCACACACUGACCAAACACCAGGAGCCCGUCUACAGCGUGGCAUUCAGCCCAGAUGGGCGGCACCUGGCCAGCGGUUCCUUCGACAAGUGUGUGCAUAUCUGGAACACACAGAGUGGUGCUUUAGUCAACAGCUACAGAGGGACGGGGGGGAUUUUUGAAGUAUGCUGGAACUCCACUGGAGACAAAGUGGGCGCAAGUGCAUCAGAUGGAUCGGUUUGUGUAUUAGACCUAAGGAAAUGACGCUGCCGCUGGGAAGCCAUGGACCGACUAUGAAUGUGUGCAUAGCCAAAUUUACCGACUGUCCCUGGCCCAUCAUCCACUGCUGUAGUCCACGCGUGAGGCACCAGACCGCAGCCCAGACCAACAGUCCCUCAGAUCCAUCACAACACGGACCCAUGACGCAUACGACACACACAAGAUCAGCGUGCCAGAGAACUGUUAUACACAGACACACUGGACACAAGAGAAAUACACCGCAUAUGCACACACACCCACACCCACACACACCUCAUUAGUUCCUGUAUUCAUCAUUCCAAACCCAGAGGGCCGAGGUCCACGCAGCUGUCGUGCGCAUAUUGCACACGUCAGCGCUUCAGUGACGGUUUAGGUGUAACUGCAUGAGCUAAAGAGCAGAGCUGUUGAAUAUGGCCAACUCGUGGCCGUGUGAUAUUGACAAUUCAGAGUAUUGGCACUGUAUGUUUAGUGGCUCUGCGACUUUUGGAACUGUUCUCCAAAAAUGCUCAAGGAUUUUUUUUUUUUUUUUUUUGCCAAACUUUGAGAAAUAAUUUGAUCUUUUGUUUUUUUUUUGUUUUUUAAUACAGAGUUAUAAGAGUACAGAAAUCCUAUUAAAUUACUCAACUAUAUUUUCUAAAACGAAUGCCCUGUGUUAUUUUGUACAACCUAUGCAACUUUGUGGCAAGACAAAACCGAACUUGAAUGGGUGAAACUCGUAGGUGAAGCCUGUGCGUUUAAAAUAUCCAAUAGGCCCACCCUAAAAACGCAACGGCACAUUCACUCUCGCUGUUACAGAAAACAUAGCUAUCAGGUUAUUCAUUCCUUUUUUUGGGGAGUUCAUGAUUGUCCUCCUACAUUGGUAUUUAACAUGACAGCUCACUUAAAAAUGUUUAUAACCUAGAUUUGUUCCUCCGAUUUGAUGUUCUUUCUUUAGUGUUGCGUCAUGAUGUCAUUUCCUGCUUUUCUAUAGCGGUCCGAGCUCUGACUGAUCCGGUCUGGUCAUUACUCUUUCAGUGCUGCAGUGAAUUGGUGUGUGCGUGUGUGACUGUAAUGGCUGUAGUCUGUAUGGCUUCACGUGAGUGACAGAAUUAUGGGUCGGUGCGAUAUUUUUAUUUUUUUUUAAUCAGUUCCAGUCAGGCAGCGGGGAAGUAGAGGCUGAGGUGGUGCCGUUUUCGCCCAUUUUGCUCACUAUUUUCAUUUGUAAAAUGACGUCAUUGCGCAGUGAUGGUAUGGUGUGAACAGAAACUGACGUGGAAAAAUGUAAAUGUGACCACAGGUAUUUUUACUAUUACAUGCUACUGUUAUAAUGGAUGGAUUUUAACGUAACCUCCAUUGAUGUUUGGGAUUUCUCGCAGCCUGGUUUCAGGUGACGGCACAUUGAUUUGGAGUUCACUAGAUGCUGUCACGUGUCUUUAUAAAAUACCAUUAGACAGUCAUAGUCCAGAGAAGCAGCUUUUAGCCAGCACACUCAUGUGGCCUCUCAGCACUUUACAGCACGUAUUCCCAUGAAAUCCAAUGAGCACUUAAAACAUUUUUUAUCCUUUGGACUGAAAUUACUUGAGUGACAUUAAACAUUUACUUGAAUGAACCAGAUCUUCUGAUGAUGAUUAUUAGAGGGUGAGGCGGCUGGUUUAAACCUAUGUAACUUUUUUUUUUGUUUGUUUUUUUGUUUGUUUUUUACAAGUGUAGUCCAAAAUGCUAACAAAUGCCUUUUUCUUCCCACGGAUCAAGUAUAAUCUGCAUCCCCUCCUAAAAUUGUCAAAAUGUCCUGAUUUUUCUUUCCUUUCGUUUUUUUUUUAAAAGAUGAGUAUUUUGAAGCUUGCUCUAAUAUAAUCAACAAGUAGAUUGUACGAAAAUACGCUAUUUAUUAUAUUGUCUAUGACAGUGGAAUGGUAUUUUAUAAUGUUUUAAUUUUAAAGAGAUAUACUUUUUACAGUGUGCGUGCAAGCGUUUGCUUCUCUUGGUCCUCGAAGCCUAGCACUCUGCUUGCUGUGUCCACGGCCCUUUGAAAUUUUGUACUUUAAAAUCUUUUGUAAUUCUAAUGUUGUUUUUAGCUCUAAGCAAAAGCAGUACAUGGGCAUAUCAAAACAUCUUGGACCAUUUAAAUACUUGUUCAGUGAUUUUUGUCUCACUUUAGGUAAUCUUUAAUCUAGUUUUUUCCUUUAUUUUUUUUUAGUUCUUUUUCCUGUUUUGCUCACUCUCUAGCAGAAAUCACUCACUGCGAUGUUGAUUUGACUGUUGUGAUUUGAGUCAGAUCAAAUGAAAAGUCCAGAAUAAAAUAUAUUUUGAUAA